CUCUAUUAUGCUAGACACGCAGUUUCGCUUGAACAAUAUGUGAAUUCGGCAGUUUACGUGAAACACAAGCUUUUUGCGUUGGUAUCCUACCUUAUCCGAAAUCAUGACUAAUGAAGACAAUGAGUUGGAUAUUGACAGUCUAGCCGAUAUUAUACGUGAAAGUUGUCAUCCAAAGAAUUUAUAUUUCACACUGACUGAUCCUCCAGAUACCUUCAUUCCUGAGUUUGCUGAACUCACUCUGGUGCUAGACAAACGCUAUUUUCCAGUAUCUGCUGUAAUAGAUGAGAGAUUAUUGAGAGGAGAAUGGUGCAAUGUAGCUGCAGGGGCUGCAGCCUAUGCAUACAAAAGUAUAGGAAGUGGAAUGUCAGAGCCUGUAAGAAAGUGGCUGGCCAAUGCCGCUUGUUGUGCAAUCUUGUUCUCUUUGAUCGGGGAAGUGACAAAGGAGAAGAAAUCUCAUCGUCCUUCAGUAGUUGAUCAUCGACCCGGAACCAGUGGUGACGAUACUGACGAUGAUGUUGAUAGUGAUGGUGUUGUUCAUGGUCAUAUCAACUCUAUUGAAUAUGACAACGAAGAUGUUGAGUCCAGUACAAGUGAGCAAAGCAUCAAUGAAGAUACCAUUCCACCGAUUCCAGAUGAAACUGAUGGAAACUGGAUUUACGGGAUAUGGACUAAGCAUAAUAUGGCCAGUAUUGAUGAAAUGAAGUCAGUCCUACGGCCUGAAAUGAUGAAUGACUGUGUCAAAGUGAUGAUUGCAUCGGUGAUCUGCUUCUUUCAAGAGGGUUGUUACAUUCCGCAUAGAAGGAAUAACUACGCUAUGCAAGUCAUCAAAAGUAACCUGAUGAAUAGACAUGGAAUAGUAGAUGAGUGUGAUAAACUCUUCGUUAUGAGCACAACUGGUGGUUGGAUAUCGAAGGUGAAUAUACUGACUUUAAUAAUGAAACAGCGUCAGUUGAGCAGUGAACUGCGCUCAGUGAACAGUCUUGGUUUGGGCACAGUAUAUAUGAAUUCACGUUUGAUGAACUCAUUCAAUGGUUUACCCAGUGGAUGGACACAUGUAUAUCUAGUGGACUGUAUUGCUGAUAAAUUAGUUCGAUCGAAGUGUAUCAGGUAUUUUGAUGACUACAAAGCUUUAAUAUCACACAAAAAGUUGUGGCGUAAAUUGACUGAUAAGCCAAUAUUCUACCAUACAGAGAAUCAUCUGCUGACUGGGAAGAAAUGUGAUGUGGGUAAGAUAGAUUCUCCCUGUUUGUAUGGUCGGUUGAUCACAUUUCUUAAGUAUGCAGAUGCUGAUAGUGAGUUGUUUGCAUAUCCUCAGCUGAAGGUCUGUGGGAAGACACGUGAAGAGGAGUAUGAAGACUACUGUGAUAGAUGGAAUUCAAUAGUGAAGAUCAUCUACUUAAAGGAUGUUUCUUCUGAUGUGUCACACUCGGAUGAAUUAGAUGAUAAACUGAAACAACUUGGCAUUGUAUAUGAAUGUGAUGAGUAUCUCCUUCGUGAUUGCCUUCGAGUUUACGGUGUUACUGAUAAGUGAGCUGCAUCAAUGUGACAUUUCUCCCAAAAUAUUGCUAUUUUUUUCCAUUAUUUUUCGAAAUAAAUAUGACAGAAAUGGAUUUCAGUCAAUAAAGUGUUACUGUUGCCUU